GCGGUCAGGUAUCUCAAUGGCUCUAAUUACAGAAAAAAAUCCAGCUCUCUCUUUCCUGCAAAAAUCAAAGAGCUCGCGCAAAUCGUAGCUCCGAGCAUAUCCAGCUUGGGACAGAGCGCUAGUGCAGCGGCCAAAAGCGCCCCCCCCCCAGCUCUUCUCACCUGGGUGAUCUGCGCCUCGGUACGACUUCAGGGAGAACAAGCAAAAUGUCGGCUUCCGCCUCCAAGCCGCACGCUGGUCUCUCCCUAUUCAGCAUUUUCGAGCUCAUUGCUCAGGGCCCAGACCUCGCUCCCGGGACCGCAGUCAAGCACAGUGAGCCUUUCAAGCCACGUGCAGCACUCACGAACGCUUCGUCCAUCUUGGUCCAAAGGGCUUCUUUGACAUGUGGCAGUUCACUGAGCUCGACGUCAAGGAUCCAGAUGAGCGCACCAAGGAAGGGGGCUGGAUGGACAAGUGGGACGAGCUUUUAUGGAUGGCGAUAUUGAUGAUGGGCGCUACAUCUAAACCUGGCAAACCGCUUACGCAUGACUUUUUCCUAAUACACAUCAACAACGCGGCACUAUUCCUGCCAUCGUUGCUUCCCGAAUUGAAACCCAUCUCUCGCGCGCAGCUCUUCCAAGCGCUCUUCCGUGCCGCAGUCCUCUUUUGGGUCAGCGAAGGCCGACCGUCGUUCUAUAUCACCUCGCGCCUCAAUACCAGCUCGGAUCACUCGUAUAACCCGAACGCCAGUGUCAAUUACGGCAAGGUGGCAGUUAUCGCGGAUUCGGAGCGCGCUAGUGGGAGCAAAAACAGUGCAUACCCCAGAGCCACCAGCGCUUGGUUUGACAUGUGUGCAGCUGCGAGUGUGCACAACGAUGAGCAUCUCACGAAGGCGGUGCGCACGCUGUCGUACUUUGCGCAGAACUUUGUUCAUCGGGCGCGUGGUGCGUUUUCGGUCCAAGUGGACGCUGUCAUGGCCGAGAUGACGAAGCGCGGCUGCUCGAUCGACAAGUACUCCACCAUCUACCACGGUGGGCUGGAUAAUCUGGACGGCACUGCGUUCGUUCGCGCAGCCGGACAGCUCUUCGAGACGCAAGGAUGGACCUGAGAUGACAACAAAAAUCUCUGGGACUACAAGGGCGUUGGCUUCGAGGAGACUUGGGAUAGCAGCUAGCAAUAACGCACUCUGUUCCGUCAAGUAAGGUGCUCCAAAAUGUUCUGCAUUCACUGCAAAGAGCUGGGAAUGUAAU